CUCGCAGCCCUCGCGGUCGCUUCUCCCCUGGUCACCAACAUUGAACGCGGCGACGCGCCUGAUGUCAAGGACAUCCGCAUCAAGUCUGUGACCGUCUUCGGCACUGGCUGCCCACCAGGCAGCGUAUCCGGUGAUGUAGGCGAAAACAGCACCCUCAUCGCCCUAACAUACGCCGCCUACGAAGCGGCUACUGGCCAAGGGAAAUCCAUCACGGAUGCGCGCAAGUUUUGCAACGUGCGCGUUGGCCUCGAGUACCCGGCUGGAUGGAGCUACACGGUUGCCAAAACGGUGAUUCGCGGAUAUGUGAAUGUACCGCAGAAGUGCAGUGCUAGUCUAAGCGCGCUGUUUUAUUUCAGCGGAAGCAGUGAAGACGCGGAAUGCUCCGUUACGUUCCCUGGUGGAUCGAACAAGCGAUACACGGAGGAGACCAGCGUAGACGCACUUGUGUGGUCUCGAUGCGGUGCUAAGGAUAGGGCGGGUCCUUUGUUCAAUGUCAAUUCUGAUGCGCGUGUUAACUGCAAGGACGCUGGUGUCUUGGGUGUUGAUACACAGGACACGAAGUUCGAGAUGCAGUUGCUUCUUCAAUGGAAGAAGUGUUAG